UGAACAAGUUUGUGUCUGUGUUAUUUGUGGCAGUAACACAUCAACGUUGCAUUUCUUGCCCAAGAUAGGAGAGGUGAAGAAGAAAUGGUUGGAAUUUAUCUUUGGAACACCACCAGCGAAGUAUAAUGCAAUGUUAGUACUGUGUUCUGAUCAUUUCAACCACAGUGACUUUUCAAACUUCGGUGCCUUCAGUAGUGGUUUUGCUUCGAGGUUGUUUUUAAUACCUGGAUCUGUAGUCAAGAUGAUUGACCACCAGCUCACAAGCUUUGUGAAGGUUCAGGGUCAUAAUGAGUCGUCCCCCCCCUAUGCAGCCCCAGAACUGUGGCCCCUGGGAAUUUAAGGAGAGACUUGGGACUGGCGGCUUUGGCAAUGUUACCCGCUGGCAGAACAAGGACACAUGUGAUCAGAUUGCUCUAAAGCAGUGUCGUCAAGAACUGAGUGCUAAGAAUAAGGAAAGAUGGUGUUUGGAGAUCCAGAUUAUGAAGCGGUUGAAUCAUGUCAAUGUGGUGGCAGCAAGAGAGGUCCCAGAAGAGUUGCAGAAAUUAGCCACUAAUGACUUGCCUCUACUGGCCAUGGAGUACUGCCAAGGAGGUGACCUUCGCAAGUAUCUCAACCUACUGGAGAACCGCUGUGGGAUGAGAGAAGGCUCCAUUCUGAUCCUACUGCGAGACAUAUCCUCUGCCCUCACAUACCUUCAUAAGAAGAGGAUAAUUCACAGAGAUCUCAAACCAGAGAACAUUGUGCUUCAACAGGGAGAGAAAAGGUUAAUUCACAAAAUCAUUGACCUGGGCUAUGCUAAGGAGUUAGACCAGAGCAGUUUGUGCACAUCAUUUGUAGGGACUCUGCAGUAUUUGGCACCUGAGCUGUUGGAGCAGCAGAAGUACACAGUGACAGUGGAUUACUGGAGUUUUGGAACUCUGGUGUUUGAGUGCAUCACUGGUUUCAGACCCUUUCUGCCAACCUGGCAGCCUGUACCCUGGCACAAUAAGCUGAAGCAGAAGCAUGAGGAUGAUGUUGUGGUUUAUGAGGAUUUGGCUGGUGAGGUGCACUUCUCCAAACACCUACCACAGCCCCACAACCUCAACAAUUUGUUAGCUGGUAGGCUGGAACAUUGGCUACAGUUAAUGCUGAGGUGGUCUCCUCAAACCAGAGGAAAAGACACUAAGCAAAUCCCUAAAGAAAGUCUGGAUGAGACAGAGUCUGGGGAAAAGAGCAAAAAAUCUGAGGAAGGAGGCAAAGAACCGCAGAGUGGAUCCACUACCUGCUUUGAAGAAUUAGACCAAAUCCUCGACCUGAAGCUAGUCCAUGUGCUGAAUAUGACCUCUGCAGAGAUUUAUACAUACUCAGUGCAGCAUGGGGAGACUGUUGCAUCCUUGCAGAAAAGAAUUGCACAAGAUACACACAUUCCUUUGGCCAGUCAAGAGCUGCUGUUAGAGGCAGGCCUUGCUCUGGAGCCUCAUAAUGAGAUCAUGCAGUGUGCUGUAGAUUAUACUUUGGUUGAUGGUCGUCGGGCUGACAUGCCACUAGUCUUUCUGUUCAACCGCUCAUGUUGCAGCUAUGAACCUCAGUUCAGCCCUCGAAUCCUCCCUGAAAACAUUCGGUUCAUUCAGACGGAGCCUCAGCGCAUGUUGCCCUACAGCGCUCAAAGACGUACGUAUGGGCAAGCCUGGCACACCAUAAGAGCCCUGAAGGAGGACUGGCUGAAGUUGCAGCAAGGCCAGAAGGCAGCCAUUAUGAGCCUGCUGAGGCAUAAUGGCUUGUUGUCCAAGCAGAAGAAUGAGAUGGUCUCAGUGCACCAGAGACUCAAAGCUACACUUGAAUUCUUCACUACCAGUCUGCACAUUGAUAUGGACAAAUACCAGGAACAGAGAGCCACUGGCAUUGCUUCAGAGAAGUUACUAAGUGUCUGGCGAGAGAUGGAGCAAACUGCACUCAACCAUGGCCAGACAGAGGACGUGACUAUGUUGGAGGAAGAGAUGAUGAAAUUACAGACUGAUAUAGUAGACCUCCAGAGACACCCCUGGAGGAGUGGAGAAGCUCUGGAGUCUCUUGAGGGGAAGGCAAUGGACUUAUUCCGCAAGCUCAGAGAGAAGCCUAGGGAUCAGAGGGGUAUGGGUGAUUGUCAGGAGGUGGUGAAGCUGGUGGUCCAGGCAAUUCAGUUCUAUGAGAAAAAAAUUAGAGAGUUUUACACACACCUCAGCAAGACAGUGGUGUGCCGACAGAGGGUGCUGGAGUUGUUGCCUCGGGUGGAGGGCAUGGUGAGCAGCAUGGCUCAGUGUGAGCAGGAACUGCGUCGUAUGCAAGAAAAAAGACAGAAGGAGUUGUGGAACUUGCUUAAAGUGGCCUGUAGCAAAGUUCGGAGUCCUGUCAGUGGGAGUCCUGAUGGAGGGCGAACCCCACCUUCCUCUGGUCCUCCACUGUUACAUCACAGACCUACUCAUCCGAACAGCCUGCUUAUUCUCCACCAACCGGAAGAAUCCAUGAUAGUAAUUGAAGAAAGCAAAACAUUUGAGAGUCGAUUGCAGUGUUUGGUGCAGGAAACAAUAAAGGAGACAGAAAUCAACAUGCAGGUGCUGCAGGAAUGGACAUGGUUGAACGGAACCCAGGAUCACGCUGAUAUUAUACAUUAGCUUUAGUCCCAGCAAUAUAUAUAUAUAAAUGUGUGUGCAGUGAGGAGUAGAAAAUUUUACUCAAUGCACGCAACACCAGAUUUUGUAACUACACUUUAUAUUAUGCACGAUUAUUAUGUAAAAAGCACAAAUUAAUGAAUAUGCAUAUUCUGUAAACAUCAGUUAUGGAUUUGUGGUAAAUUUGAUGUUUGUGAAACAAAAUGGUUAAUUCCUGAUAGUUUUAUCUGGUCAUAAUUUCAUCUGACCAUUUAAAAAAUGUUAAUACUUUUUAAUAAUUAUUUUAUUUAAUACUUCAAAAUUUAAACUGUCAAAUUUAAAUGAUUGCGGCUAGGUCCAUAAGUAUUCAGACAGCUAUUUAAAAAAAAUUAUUACAUUUUUUUUUUUUAUUUCGCCUCUGUACACCACCACAAUGGAUUUGAAAUAAAGCAACCAAGAUAUGAUUUAAGUGUCUAAUUUCAGCUUCAAUUCAAGGCAAAAAAAUUAUAAAAAUCAUCAUUUAACAAAUCUAAAUUAUUUUUAUUAAAAUUUUUAAAUAAUUUUUAAAAAAUUGCAUUAACCAUUUCAGAAUUACACAGGAAGUCAGUAAACACCUGAAGUCUGGAAUCCAUGGAUUUCAAAUGCUGAGUUUCCUACCUUGAGAUGCUUUUUCAGGCCUUUACUGCAGCUACUUGUUUGUAGGUUUUUCUGCCUUCAAAAUUGUUGUCAGUAAUUGAAAAGCAUGCUCAAUUGGGUUGACUGACUCGGCCAUUUAAGAUGAGUCUAUUUAUUUGCCUCAAAAAGCUCUUGGGUUUCUUUCAGGGUAUGUUUUCGGUCUUUGCCAGAAUGCAAUGAUCUUUGCCAGACUGCUGCUUAACCGACUAAACGCGCAUUUGGAGGAUGAUCUACUUCCUGAAAGUCAUUGUGGUUUUUGAGCUGGCCAUGGCAGAGCGGAUAUGAUUUUUGCUGCCAGGCAACUCUAAGAGAAAUGUCAAGAACAACAUCAGAACCUGUACACCACAUUUGUGGACCUAACAAAGGCUUUCGACUCUGUCUGCCAUGAUGGACUGUGGAAGAUAAUGGCCAAAUUUGGAUGUCACGAUCAGUUCAUCACUAUAGUACGCCAGUUCCAUGAUGGUAUGAUGGUUCACGUUUUAAACGAUGGUGAGGCAUCCCCUGAUUUUACAGUGUGCAAUGGCGUCAAGCAAGGUUGUGUUUUAGCCCGAACACUGUUCAGUAUAAUGUUCUCUGCCAUAUUGACUGAUGCGUUUAACCAGGCUGACCCAGGAAUCAGCAUCAGAUACCGAACAGAUGGGAAGCUUUUCAGUCCACGACGUCUGAAUGCUGUGACCAAGGUAAAAUCUUCCGUCAUCCGAGACUUGCUCUUCGCUGAUGACUGUGCCCUAAAUGAUAAUUCGGAAUCCAACAUGUAGGAAAUCAUGGAUCAGUUUUCUCAUGCUUAUGACAACUUUGGGUUAACCAUCAAUAUAAAGAAGACUGAAGUAAUGCAUCAGCCAGCUCCAGGCAAACUGUAUUCUGAACCCUCGAUUCAAGUGCAUGGAUCAAACCUCAAAGUGGUGGAAAAAUUCACUUAUCUAGGCAGUACUCUGUCAAGGGUUCUACACAUACUGUAGAUGAUGAAGUCAACUGUAGAAUAGCAAAGGCAAGUGUUGCCUUUGGCCGACUCCACUCCAAAGUUUGGGAGCGUAGAGGCAUUCGCCUAUCAACAAAGUCAUUCGUGUACAAGGCAGUUGUCACCACCACCCUGUUGUAUGCCUGGGAAACCUGGAUUGUCUAUGCCAGACAUGCUAAAAAAUUGAAUCAUUUUUACAUGACUUGCUUUCGCCGGCUGCUGAAUAUUAAGUGGCAAGACAAAGUUCCAGACACUGAAGUCCUGUCACGCGCUAAUCUUCGAUCAAUCUAUUCCAUCUUGCAGUUGUCUCAGGUUCGCUGGGUGGGCCACAUUUGUCGCAUGUCUGAUUCACGACUCCCCAAACAGCUUCUUUUUGGUGAACUGUCAUCUGAAAAAAGAUCCAUUGGAGGUCAGCGGAAAAGAUUCAAAGACAGUCUCAAGGUGUAUCUGAAACAAUUUGGAAUUUGCAUCGACUCGUGGGAAAGCCUCACACAAGAUCGCCCUUCCUGGAGUGCUGCCAUAAAUAAAGGCUUUAAUGACGCCGAGUCUUCACGCUUGGCAGAGUGUAGGAUGAAACAUGAAGUCCGUAGGAUGAGGGCGGCAGGCACCUCAUUAGCUAUUACUGAAUAUUUGUGCCCAACAUGUGGUCGAUACUUUCAUGCUCAAAUUGGCCUCAUCAGUCACCUUCGGACACACAGAACCUAAUCAACUACUCUGAUGUAAUGGUCAUCUUCGCAUUGGCGAUGGACGAACAUCCAUGUUUUCGGUCAUUAUCCAUCUGUACUAUGAAAUGCCAUCUCAUCAGUUUUGUAGCAUUUGACUGAGCAGAAAGUGUAACUCUCUACACUUCACAAUCCAUCCUGUUACUUCUAUCAGCAGUCACAUCAUCAAUAAACACCAGUGACCCUGUUCUAUUGGCAUACAUUGACACACAUGCCCAUGUCUACCAUGUUUGCCAGAUGAUGUGCUAUGUUUUGGAUCACAAGCCCUUGCUUUCCUUCUCCAUACUCUUCUGUUCCCAUCAUUCUGGUAAAAGUUUGUCUUGGUUUCAUAUGUUCAAAGAAUCUUGUUUCAGAACUGGGCAGGCUUUCUAGCAAAGUCUAAUCUGGCCAUUCUGUACUUGAGUGUUACCAGUGGUUUGCAUCUUGAGGUAAACCCUCUGUAUUUAAAAUCAUGAAGGUGUCUCUUGAUUGUAGACUUUGACAAUGGCCUACUUCUUUGAGAGUGUUCUUGACUUGGCUAGUUGUGAAGGGGUUUUUCUUCACCAAGGAAAUAAUUAUAUGAUCAUCUAUUUUAGUCAUCUUCCAUGGUCUUCCAGGCCUUUUGGUGUUGCUGAGUUCACCAGUACAUUCCUUCUUUCUAAGAAUGUACCAAAUUGUUGAUUUGACCACUCCUAAAGUUUCUGCUAUUUCUCUAAUAAGUAUGGUUCCCCCCAGCCUAAUGAUUGCAUUAGGUAUUAUAUCCUUCACUUGCAUUGACACUUCUUUGAACUGCAGUUCCCAUUAACAAUUGGCAAAUGCAAAUUCAACACUUGGAAUCAACUCUAAACUUUUUAUCUCCUUAAUUUGUCUUGAAAUAACUAGGAAAUGGGCCAUAACUGACCAUGACACUGCUUAUCAGUCGAUUGUCCAAUUACUUUUGAGACUGUGAAAAUGGAGCGACUAUGAUUAAAUGAAGAAAAUGUUCUCAAAACAUGUAACAUUAUUUUCAUAUCCUUUAUCAACUUAAAAAUUCAUUUUUUUAUUUAAAAAACCAUUUUGUUUCAUUUUAUUAAUAACCAACAAUAAUACAUUUUUUAACAAACACUUUUUAAAAAAAAUUAACAAAUAGGCCUUUUCUUAAUAAAAAUUUAUUAACAUUUGCA